AUGCUCUCUCAUUCCCUUACCCUCCUGGCUGCCGCCGCAUCCGUCGCCGCGCACGGCUACGUGCAAGAGAUCGUCGACUCGGCGGGGACGGUCUACACUGGAUAUCUUCCGUACCAGGACCCGUACAUGAACCCUACGCCGGAGCGCAUCGUUCGCAAGAUUCCGGGCAAUGGUCCCGUCACGGAUCUGUCGCUCAUCGACGUUCAGUGCAACGGCUACACUGAGGGUGGCCAAGCGGGCUCUGCUCCGGCGCCAAUUUACGCGACCGUCGAGUCGGGCUCCGAGCUUCACCUGAACUGGACGACGUGGCCAGAGUCCCACAUGGGGCCAAUUAUCACCUACAUGGCCCGCGCGCCCAGCGACAUCACUGCCUGGGAGCCUGGCACUGACGCUGUUUGGUUCAAGGUCGACGAGCUCGGCAAGACAUCGGACGGCAAGUGGGCUGCAACAGAUAUCCUCUCCGAGAACAACAGCAUCUACACCUUCACGAUUCCCGCAAGCCUGAAAGCCGGCCAGUAUAUUGUUCGUCAUGAGAUCAUCGCCCUCCAUGGCGCUUGGGAGUACCCUGGCGCGCAGGUCUACCCGUCCUGCAUUCAGGUCGAAGUGACCGGCUCAGGAAGCGCGCUUCCCACGGACUUUGUCUCCUUCCCUGGCGCUUACACGGCGGACACUCCGGGCAUUGUGUUCGAUGCGUACGAUGAUAGCCUCGACUACCCGAUCCCGGGUCCUGCGGUCUGGAGCGGUUGAUAACGUUUUCGCGCUUCCUUCUUGAGGCAAUCGAGGGGUGGGAAGGGUUGUAGGUCCA